ACAUUCUGAAAUUAUUUGAUGAUAUACUUUGCCUGAAGGGUUUCUUUUGAGUAAAUGCAAAUUGCCCUUUCAAGAAUCUACGUCUCCAAACGUCCAACAGAAAUUCCAGAUAGAGAUUUAUGUUGGUGUUUUGUUUUCCAUGAUGGCGAUCGAUGACCCAGUUUUUUCGAGGUUCGCGUGAAAAUUAAAUCGUGCAAAGCUACCGUAAAUGCAAUUUGUUUGCUGCGUGAUGGUGCCGUGGUUGUUGUGAAAACCUGUGGAAUUAUAAUCGUUUGAGGUGAAAGGAACGUGUAAAAUAAGCUUAAUCUGUAGAUAUGAUGCAGAACAUGAGUAUCUCGGAUAUGUCAAGUACUAUGGAUAGGAAAAGGAAACUGAGUUUUAUUGAUUCUGGAGGGGAGGAUAUGAGUGAUGAAGAUCUAUCAAGUGAAAGAAAUACAUCAGGAGACGACAGCAAAAAGCUCUCAAAACAGAAUCACAGUGAGAUCGAGAAAAGGAGACGAGAGAAGAUGAACACGUACAUACAAGAACUGAGCGCUAUGGUCCCCACCUGCAGCUCCAUGUCGUCCAAGUUGGAUAAACUUACCAUACUACGCAUGGCUGUACAGCAUAUGAAGACUUUAAGAGGUGCUUCAAGUUCUCGUAAAGAAGCAAAUUAUAAGCCGUCUUUUCUCUCAGAAGAUGACCUCAAUCCUCUCAUUCUAGAGGCUGCCGAAGGAUUUCUUUUUGUCGUGAGCUGUGACCGUGGCCGGGUUCUCUACGUGUCGGAAUCGGUGCUCAACGUCCUCAAUAUUACCUGGGAACGUUUGAUUGGUCAGAGUUUAUUUGAUAUCCUCCAUCCCAAAGACGUCCCCAAGGUCAAAGAGCAACUCUCAUCAUCCGACCUUUCACCCCGAGAACGUUUCAUCGACACCAAGACUGGUAUGUUGGUAAAAUCAGAGAUGACGAUGUCGCCGCCUCAGUUAUCAUCAGGAGCUCGACGGUCGUUCUUUUGUAGGAUGAGGAUAUACAGCCCCGAGCAUGCGGUCAAGACUGAAGAUGGUCAACAGUGGAAGCGACUGAAACAACCAGCAGAUCGCAAGAAGUAUGCAACGAUACACUGUACAGGUUACUUGAAGAGUUGGCCACCAGCGAAGGUCGGGUUGGACAAAGACGAGAUGGAAGUCGACAUCGAUGGUUGCAAUCUUAGCUGUCUUGUCGCUGUAGCCAGAGUACAGACUAUCCAGAGCCCAAUCCCAUCCCCCAACAAUAACAUUCAACUCAAACCUAUUGAAUUUGUAUCCAGGCAUGCGAUGGAUGGUAAAUACACAUUCGUAGAUCAAAGAGCUACUGCCGUAAUGGGCUACCUUCCUCAGGAGUUGUUAGGUACUUCAUGUUACGAGUAUUAUCACAUAGACGAUAUAUCUAUAAUGGCAGAGUAUCAUAAAACAGUACUGUCGAGUCGAGAGAAGAUCUUAACAAGUUCUUAUCGCUUCAGAGCAAAGAAUGGCGAGUUUAUUCUUCUACGAUCACGAAUGUUCACCUUCCGGAAUCCUUGGACGAAGGAAAUAGAAUACGUGGUCUCUACCAAUACAUUAGUUAACAAAGAUGAGGCCAUCCCAUCUAACAGCAAUGAAUGUGGUCCAACAACCAAAGAUCAGGAAUCAUCUCAGCUCCAAUCCCUGAUCACCAACCUGAGUAAGUCAGCGGCUAUACCGGGUGUGUCCACCAACAACACUCACAUGGGAGCAGGGAAGAUAGGCUGGAAGAUCGCAGAAGAGGUCAUGGAAGCAGAAAGAAUGAAUGAAGUUUCAUCGAGUGGCUGGGAGUCUAAGGAUGCUAGUCCUGUUGUGGUCGAUUCCCAAGGCAUCACUGGAGAUGCUGUAUCAUCCAUGGGUUCUGAAACCAACAAGGUGUCGUCCAGGGAGGUCCGGAAAAGCAGCGGCAACAUCCCUGGUGACCCUAAACCAGAGAAGAUGCCCACCACGGUCAAGACUGGUCAGUCCUUCCUCAACAAUAGUUCAGUAGUAUGCGGUGACCAGACAAACAACUCUGGGAACCUACCGCAGAAUCCCUUUGCGGAGGUGUCCUCGGCCGCAGGAUUGUCAACGGCAGCUCUUGCUGCGGAACUCAGUACACCCGGUGCUGCUGCAGCCGCAGCGGCAAAGGUGAAGGAGAUGGGUGGGGACGAUGAAGCUGCCAUGGCGUUUAUUAUGAGCUUACUAGAGGCUGAUGCCGGUUUGGGUGGGUCGGUAGACUUUAACGAUCUUCCGUGGCCUCUAUGAUGGGAUGGAGACAUCCUGUCCGUACAAACUUGCCUUGAACUGUACCUUGUCAUAUCUUGGGGUGAUCUGCUUUUAGGAGGCUAAAGGUCAGCUUGAGCGGUAGUCACUAAGUGAACAUUGGGGAAGAGUCUUUAUGAAGUUACAUCAGGAAUGAAAUUUCAUCAGGAAAAAUUCAUAGAGAAGUUUUAUCAGGAAAGAGUCUUAAAGUAAGACUUCCUGGCAGAGGACUCCAGGGAAACCACUACAAGGUACAGUGUUAAGAAGAUUUAUCAGGAAAGAGUAAAUGUGAAGAUUUAUCAGGAAUGAGUCUUCAUGAAGAGUCUUCAUAAAAGAGUCUUCAUGGAAUAGCCUUCUAAUGUCAUCAGGAAAAAUUCCUUAAUGAAAUUUCCUUGGGAAAGGGUCUUCAUGCAGAUCGUGCCUUCUGACCUGCCUCACCCGCAUCCUUUGAGUCAAGGUCCAUCUGCCCCAUCCGCAUCCUUUGAGUCAAGGUCCAUCUGCCUCGCCCUCAUCCUUUGAGUCAAGGUCCAUCUGCCUCACCUGCAUCCUUUGAGUCAAGGUCCAUCUGCUUCACCCGCAUCCUUUGAGUCAAGGUCCAUCUGCCUCACCUGCAUCCUUUGAGUCAAGGUCCAUCUGCCCCUUCUUGAUGGCUGUGCCACCAACCAUCUCCUAUCGUCUGCAGAUCAACCUUCGGCCAAGCAUGGCAAUCCCAAACAUGUCUCUACUGAAGGAAUUAUAUAACCACCCCAUUCCAAGUAAUUAAUCUAUUCUAAAGACCAUUGAUGUCAAUAUCCAUUCUUAAGUAAUGGCUUUGAUGGAGAUGUUUUUUCAAACUGAACUAAAUGAAAGUCACUGUUGUUGUUCGUCUUCAUGUUGUGUGUCAAAGAAAUUAAUUACCAAAAGGGCAUAGGUGCUCAGCCAGUGUGA